GCCCCUCCUCCAUCAGCUGAUGACGGUUUACAAUGUCAACUACGAGCUUAGCAGGAAGUCUAUCUAAUGUUUGACUGGAUCAUGGGAAAAAUCUGUUAUGAAGACUAACUGGUGCAUCAAACGGAGAAUCUAACUGAAGAGUAAGUGUGAGAGAUAUUAGUUUGGGGUGUUUUUCGACGUUGCUCUCUUUGCUCUCUUUUCUCUAGAAUACUACCGUGUGGUUCGUCUGCUAAUGUUAGCAGCAGCGUUAGCUUAGUGUUACCAACGAAGUUGUUGUUCAUGUUGGAUAUCGUAAUAAACCUAACUGGGUCCUUUGAGGAACAUUUUGUCAAACCAAUAAUGUUCGUUAAGUGUUGGAAAAUAUUGCGUUUUCAAGCAUUAGACGUAAAAAAGUCAGUUAGUAAACGAAGAAAAGACAAGCGUUGCUAGGGUGUUAGCACUUUGUGCCCCAAGCGGGCUCCCGUACCGAACUUCAUAAGAAACUCGUUUGGUUUUAUUUAACUUCAGCUAUUUCACAGGAUGGAUUCUUUUUCCUGAUAUUAUUCUGAAGUUUUAUGUAUCAAUAAAGGCUACUCUUGAAUUCGGCAUAAAGAAAUGACAAUUAUACAGUAAUGAAUUUGAUAACGACCCAAAUCUGCUGAGAUUGCUGCAGUGUUUUGUUGGCUGAGGUCAUUGAGUUCACAUGCUACUCAAACAAGUGUUAACGGUUUUUCGGAUGAGCACCGAGAUGGAGAGUGGAUGCACGGAUUUAUGUCAGAGUUUAAAAAAAUGGAACAUUGUGUUAUAUUCGGCUUACAUACUUUUGGGCAAAUAUUAGAUUUGUAUUCAACCAAAGCACCUGUUUCACAACCCAUCUUAAUAUGCGAUUUUGAUAAACCACGUUGCAUCAUAACGACAGGGUAAUCCCAUUCUUUCACUUUCCCUUUGCGAAAAAAUGCCUUGUAGUUAAUAAAAAGUACCUAAAAUUAAGGUAAAAGAAAAAGAGAAACUAAGACCAAAUAGGGACUUUUAGUUUAGUGUUUUAAACCUUUGUUUAAACUUGUUUCUUAAUUUCAGACAGAAAUUGCUGUGGGAGAUGGAGAGCUCUAAAAGAGGACAGCCAUGGGGAAAGCUGGUUAAAGUGAACUCCAGCGAGACUGUCCUGCUUUACAACAGAGAGUGCACAGUCGGCAGAAAAAAAGGUUGGUUUGCGUAGCGUUGAAUGAAUAUCUUAAACCUGCUGUCACACAACCCCUACAGUUUGUUAUCCUGCUUAAAAAAGUUCUCAGUGAACACAGACAGACCCGUCUAGAGUACAGACAUCACUGUCAGUGUAUGGAGCUUUAAAAACCUCCCCCUUAAAAACACAAAGAGUUCUUCAGUGCAGCAAACUUAGACAGCCUCUUGUGAUGAUAACAAAAGGCCUCCAUUGAGAACAUGUGUGCAGAAUAUAAAGUAGAUUUUUUUCUUUGUAUGGGUUUUGCUUAAGAAAGGGUUGGGCCUAUAUUCCCCCUUUGUCUGAUUUGUUGUUGAGAGCCAUUAAGGUCUGCUUUAUUGCAAUGCAAAGUGACAGCUUUGAAUGGAGAGCUCGUUUUUAAAAAUGUAAUGUCAUUGUUGUUUUAUUUAACAGCACUGUUACUCAAUUAUCAUAUUUGCAGUUUAUGGUAGAGGAAGACAAACAUAUUUACUUCAAUAACUACAUAAACCCUAAACAUUACCCAGUAUACCCUCUUAAAAGCUCAAAAAUAAUCUGUAUUAUUUCUGUUUAUUUUUCUAACAUCUGCUUCUUUUUUUCUUCUUCAGGGUGUUAUUUAUCUUUUCCAGCCAACAAACUGGUAUCAGGGGAGCACUGCAAAAUUGUGCAAGAUGAAAACUCAGGGUCAGCAUGGCUGGAGGACACGAGGUACUGCAUGCUUGAUGUUCUCCCAUCAGUAAAAUUGAACAAUAAUACAAAACUGGAGUAUUAUUUUAUUGUUUAAUGAUGGACUGAACUGAAAUUAUCUAAUUUCUGCAGGGUUGUAUUUGUAAAAAGGAAUACUCUUGAAUUUAUUUUGUAUAUUAUUCAAAAUCAAUUCCAGAAAAAGUUGGGGCCCUGUGUAAAACUUGAUAAAAUCAGAUUUUAAGAGUUUGGGAAGGAUUUAAAUACUGAAUUUAAUAGAAAACAGUACAGAGUAACUAAACAAAUGCUGAAACUGUCAAAUGUUAUUGCUAUAUUAAAAAGUUAUUACAUGGUUUUCAAAUCAGACAUGACUCUGUAGUGGAAGUCACUGCAUGGGCCAAUAUCGCUUCCAAAAAACAUACUUCCAAUACAGUUUAUUGCUUCAUCUAUGAAUAUAAAUUAAAACUACUCUGCAAACAGGAAACCACAUAUUGUGUCCUUUCAUACAUCAAACUAACUGACCCCUUUUUUGUUUCAUUGUUUGCUUUCUUUUGUUUGUUUCUUGGUCUGCAGCACUAACGGCACGGUGAUCAACAUGUCAAAACUGGUCAAGAAGCAAACUCACGUCCUGCAGAACGGUGACGUCAUCUAUUUUGUGUACCGGAAAAGUGAGCCAGAACAGAGUGAGUAAUACUUCAUUUUUUCAGCCAUGAAAACAAGCGUUAGCAUAAAUUAUAAGAGGCAAAAGUUGACAUAAUUUUCUCCUGUCUGCCUGUAGAUGUUGCCUAUGUUUACCACUCAAUCCAAUCAGAGCAAACUGAUUCACAACUGAGUUAUGGUAAGUAGUGAAUACAUUCUUUGUUAGAUGCAACACUUUUGUUGCAGAUGUAGCAUGUAUUUGAAGCUGCUAUUAGUUAUUAGCUAUUGCUAAUAUAUAGCAGUUGCUAUGCUAACCAGUGGCUAGUGUGGCUACCUUGUAUUGUUUACAAGAUAUUUACAGUCACUGCAGUUAAUAAUAAUAAUGAUAAAAACAGAAAUAUAAACAAUAUUCAUAUGAUUAUAUAUAUAAAUGACUUGGUUGAAUAGGUUGAAUUUCUACCCGGGUUACACAGGUCUUUGUUGUGCCUUUGUUGUAACCUAAUAUUAUGAUAUAUAUGUAAAUCAUUAGUGUCGGAGAAGAGGUGGGACUAGAUAAGUUUCGGCUUCUUCCCACUCCUUUUUGAACCUGGAUAACUUCUUAUCAUUUGUUGUUGUAUUCUUUACUUUUUUAUUAUUAUUUUUUUAUAUGUUCAAAAUAAACUUCAAUCAAUCAAUCAAACCUCCACUCUUUAUCCAACACUCAGACACGGAGCCGUCAGCCUACAGUCCAGCUCCUGUCCAACAAGCAGAGACGGAGAUGUCCCUCUCAGUAGAGCCUGUGCUGCUUCCAAAAGCUCCUCGAGAUCCAUCCCAGGAGGAGCCUCAGCCUUCCACCUCCUCGUCCCACUUAAGUAUCAGAAGCUCUACCACUACCGGUGCCAUGGCGACGACCUGUCCUGCUUCUGGUAGGUUCUCUGCUAAAACACAGACAGGAUUUGACUGGAGGGACUUUAAAUAAUAACCUUUUCCCAUACAAAAGUACUGCACAACACCGUCUACAUUCACCUUUAGAAAGUUUUCUGGAAGUUUGUAGAUACAUUUUGAUUAUUUCAGAAAUAUCUUUUAGUUUCUGCUGUAGAAAAUAUGAGGGGCUUCCCAGAGUAGUCUGCCGAUGUUAUGGUGAUGAUAGGACUUAAAGAUGGGACUUUUUCUCACAAACAUAGAGCCUGAAAAAUACCCCUCCGUAAAAUCCCAGCAUGCUGUUCGAACACUUGAUAUUUGAGUCAUUUUUUCUGCUUUGCUAACAGGCUCAGUUCUUUAGCUUCAAAUUUACAGACAUGCAUGAAACUCUUGGUAAGACACAGAUGAAGUGUUUUUGCUUGAAUGAGUAACUAUUUAUUUUUCUCAACAGUGUAGACUAGCUCAGGAUGAUCCUGUAACUUAUUCAUCUGUCGUUAGAGGGGGUGGAUGUAGACUCUCAUUACAUAGAUUUCAUUUUUUAAUGUGCCUAUGUGCAUAUUGGCAUGUUGUCAAUCCAGAUUUGCCUUAUUUAAAUUUUUCUGACAAACAGUCGUCUGUGUGAUCAGUCAAUAAUUACUAAGAGAAAAAGAAGCAGAGAUGGGACUCUGAAGUAUUUGUGAAGAUGGUUUUCACUGAUGGAAAUAGACGUACUGUUGUUGUCAGCUGAUCAACACUCAACUUUUAAACCUGAUUGAACCCUGACUGUUUCCUGAGAAUCCUCUGAUCAUGAUCGUGCUUAAAUAUCAGCGCUGUCCUGUCUGCACUCAUCUGCUCUGUGUGUUUACUAAUUCCUCCCAGGUGCUCACCCUGAGCCGUUUCUUUCCAUUUCACUAACCUUUAAAACUUCAAAACUCUCAGCACCAUCACCUGGUAGAGCAUGCACCUCAGUUUGACCCGCUCUUUGCCCUUUGAUGCAUUACAUGAAUCUUACACACAGAGCUGUUAUGAAUGCUGUAUGAUAAACUCAUCGUCACCUUUUUAAACAAGUUCAAUGUUGAUUAAUGCUCAACAAAACUAUAAUAUCUUAUCUAAACCGGUUCUGUUGUUCUUGUAUUUCAUCAGGCAAAGAUAAAGAUGCUUUCCCAGCGCCGGACCAAGAUGUGGACAACAUGGAGCCAGAAAGCAAGAGGAGGAAAACUGGUGAGUUUAGUAUUUUCCAACAAAAAGCUAAACCACAUAUUCCGAUUGUCCUCACAUUUUCCGCUGUUUUUGUUAGCAGUGUGAUAAACAGGAGCCGCCCUGUUAGGGGUUUUCCUGUCUGUGUUGUACUUUUCUCUGGCCGCUGGAUGAAAGGAGAGUUUAAAAAGCCAGAUAAGCCUUUAAUCUGCAUUAAACAACAGUUUUACUGUAAAUAAGGAUGAAACGGCAACACACACGCUAUCUCUCUCUAAUUCAGUCUCUUCCACAUUUCUGAAAAAUAUCUAGAAAAUGUUGCUUUUCAUGCGUAGAGUGGAGUUUUUCCAUUGGAAGAAGGAUGCAGGUGGGUGGGGGCCUAGAGAUGAGUCCUCGGGGGGAGGACAUGAUAACAAAAGUUGACUAUAAUGUAAAAAACAGAGGCCUGCACUAUGAUGAUGGUGUUUUUAUUGUACAAAGCCACAUGUAAACAGAUGAAUGUGAAUAACUCACCGUAUUUUGAAAGUCAUUCUUUAAACUUUAGAUGUUUUAAUUCCGAGUGUUAUACGCCUCACCACGGAUUCACAGUAAAUGCACGAUUUUAACCAUAAUUCUCCCCCACCCAUCCAUUUGUUGUGGAAAUUACUUCAGGGACAGGAGGAAAAACUCUGGACAGAAUCAGGGGAAAUUUCAGCUGUUAACCCCUGAAAAAAGUUUUCAUGUUUUGUGCAUUUGUGAAUAAACCUCAAGACUCCAAACUCAACUCUUAAAUAUAUUAACACUUCAACCUUGAGCUUCUCCUAAAGCACGGCCCAGGAAAGCCAUGCUGGAGACACCAUUACGUGAAGCAGAUUGAGUGGAAAAGGUGCUGUUAAAUAUAGUAGCAUGUAACAUGCAGCUAUUGUGUUCACAGAUCAAGAUUAUAACGAGGGCCUGCCACACACCUCCAGAACAGACGUGACCACUUCAGCUGAGAAAAGUCUGUCUAAACCACCUGUGGAGGGAGCAAAGACGGACAAGAUGGAGGAGAGCCUGACGUGUGUUAUCUGUCAGGACCUCCUGCAUGACUGUGUCAGGUAAGGGUUGAACUCUUCUUCUUCUUCUUCAUGUCUAGGAAAUGUGCCCACUGUUUGUUGUAAUUCUGAGUUUCUGCUGUUUGCUUCAGUUUGCAGCCCUGCUUGCACGUCUUCUGUGCUGCUUGCUACUCAGGCUGGAUGGAGCGCUCCUCACUUUGCCCCACCUGCCGCUGCCCUGUGGAGAGAAUCAGGAAGAACCACGUCCUCAACAACCUGGUGGAAGCUUACCUCCUUCAGCACCCAGGUUUGUGCAGACGUGAAAGAAGUAAAAAGUGAAGGGCAAAAAAAAACAUCUGGCCCACUAACUGCUGACUUGGUAUUGUUUCCACCUUUUUGUGCGUUUAUUCCACAGAGAAGUGUCGCAGCGAGGAGGAUCUGAUGAGCAUGGAAAGCCGUAACAAGAUAACUCAGGAUAUGCUGCAGCCAAAAGUUGAGCGCUCGUUCUCAGACGAGGAGGGCAGCUCAGAUUUCCUGUUUGAGCUCUCUGACAAUGACAGUGACUCCUCAGAUAUCAGGUAAAACAAAAAUGGAGGAUAUAAAUGCAAUAGGCAGUGACUGAAGAGCAAUAUGAAAGUGUACCAUCCUCGUGAACAUGUUCCUUUAUCCUCCAGUCUUUGUGUUUUGUUACCAGUCAGCCUCUGGUGAUGUGCAGACAGUGUCCAGGCUACAGGAGGGACUUCAGUCAGAUGCUGUUUGCUACAGCUUCAAACUACUGGCUCCCUGGUCUUCCCGCUCCACUGCAGGUCGUUCCUCCACCCAAACCAGCAAGUGAGGAGGGGUCAGAAAAGCCUGCAGGGGAGCAGCCCUCAACAUCCUCUGAUACUCCCUCAGGUCGUUACGAUUAAAGUUUCGAUUUUUACACUGAAAGGAGUUAAUAAGAAGUUAUAGUGUGUUAUGAAUCUGAAAGCCCACCUAACCAAAUCUGCCUGACUCUGAACUCUUUACAUUUCUUCUGCCCUGUGCAGCUCCACAGGAAUACUGCUGCCCCCCUCAAGGCCUCCAUCUCAUCUGCACCUGCUGCCUCCAGCCGAUGCCAGACAGACAGGCCGAGCUAAACAGCCAGCAGAGUAUCGCUCAACAAUGUGAGCGUCCCCCUGAACUUCCCAGUCCUCCAGUAGAACUCUAGUCUGAGGCUGUUCGGUAUAAAACUGCAUUUGAAAAUUGUAACUUGUUCCCUAAUAUACUGAUAAUCCCUGUCUGUGUUGACAGGUAUGCUGUGCCAGCGGCCGUUCUGUCACAUGUACUGGGGUUGUCAGAGGAUCGGCUGUCAGGGCUGUCUGGCUCGAUUCAGUGGUGUGUAUCUCUGCCAGCAAAACAGAAGGAUCUCAACCGUCUGUCUUAUUGUAGAGUUGUAGACUUGGAGCCGUGUGAGGUCUCUCUAAAUGCAGUAUUUUGUGAUGUUCAUGGUUGUCAUCCUCGGAGAAAGAGAACUCUUGAAAACUUUAUUUUAUGAUAUACACUUUAUAACAAUUAGUGCAGGGUUCAAACUCUUGUAAUUUUGUGCUUAGAGUGUCAUUAUUAACUUGUUGUUUUGUGCUUCAAAUGGAAUUGCAAAUAGCUGCCUUCUAAUGGCCAGCAGGGGGCCGUGUCACUGGUUGCACGCUUUACAAACAAAUUCCUGCAUCAGAAACUAUUAUAUAUAUAUUACUAUUUUUUAAGUUGUUAUGAUAUUAUGCAUACGGCCCCUCGUGUCCUGUGGUAUCAGCUGGCAGGUCAUGCCCCUCAGUUUGGGAGUCACUACUUUAGGAUGUCUUCAGGUUGACGAGUCACCACAACAGCAACCUGCCAAGAUAGAGGUGAUGGAGAAGGCCAUCCAACCUCUUGUCCUGAUGUGAUCCUGAAAAGAUGGAAAGCUGAAAAAGAAAACCUUCAAAAAAGAAAAACUUUUUUGUUUCAACACUCUGUUUAUCUUUCAGAUCUCAAUCUCACAGACAAAUGCUUGGAUGGUGUGCUGAACAACAACAACUAUGAAUCAGAGAUCCUCCAGGUAAGAGGGACUGCACGCACAUGUCGGAUAUGAUUUGCAGUUUGGCGGCUGUUUAUUUAUUUUUCAAUUAGACUUCCGUACUUGAAAAGGUCAGUGGAGUGAAGCGAAUAAAUCCUGGCUGCUUGAUUGUAGCCGGUCCAAGUGCCGCCAAAAAGAUUUAGAGACAGCCUGAACCUCUUUGUCAAAUAAAAGGCACUUGUUUCUGUAAGCUAAGAAAAACAACAUUGCAGAGUGUCAUCUUUCUAAACAACCUUGAAACGCAUGUCUCUACAUACUAUCAUAUAAUCUGCUGAAAUGAUGAAGUUUGCAUGUUUCCAUUUCCCACCAGAACUACCUGACCUCCAGAGGGAAGACAUGGAGAGACCUGCUCCAGGAGUCCCUGCAGAGCUUACAGCAGGGCCAGUACCACCUGACAGGUCAGUCUCAGAUCAGUCACAUUCACCUCAACACUUGUUUAUCAAACAUUGGUUCUAAUGCGGCGUAACCAAGUCCACACUAGUAUUUAAAAUGAGAGUCCCAUCCUCUACUCUCUGUGUAUCAGAUAACCGCGUCUCUGCAAACACCAUCACAUGCUUCUGCUGCGGCCUGAGAGCGUUCAAGGAGCUGGCCUACAAAUACAGACAGAACAUCCUUCCAUCUGAGCUGCCAGGUUAGACACAGCUCAACAUGUCUGAGUCGUUGUCAUUUUUAUGCCUUUGUGAGCGUGUUUUAAACUUUUUUUCCUCUCUCUCUCUCUCUCUUUCUUUAAAACUCUUUCAGCUGCUGUAACAGCUCGCCCCGACUGUUACUGGGGACGCAACUGUCGUACGCAGGUGAAGGCGCAUCAUGCAAUGUAAGUGUUCAUGUUUAAAACACCUCAUGGAGUCUCUUCUUAUCUCUGAAAGUAAAUCUGAGUAAAGGGACUUUGCUGUGGAUAGAGUAACGGCUUCUUGUAUGUAGUUCACUCAUUGUACCACUAGAGGGAGUCAUUGUUUAAGUACGUACCUGAAGAGUUCCUGUUGUAAAAGUGUCAUUUCAUCUCAUUGUGAUAUUUUCAUUAAGGGAAAAGCUUAAUUCAUGUGUUUGUUUAUCUUUAUUUUAUCGACAGGAAGUUCAACCACAUAUGUGAGCAGACGCGGUUCAAGAGCUGAGGGAGCCGAGCGGUUAGCGCCCCAAACCCGAGUGUCAAACAGAGUCCCAGGGGCACGAUCUUAAGUUGUGUGCUGUAUGUGUCCACGACAGAGAAUUGGAUUUCAGAUGUUAUGCAACAGCCUAAUGCAGAAUCUACAAUCAGCAUCCAUUUACAAGCUCUGAUCAAUGUCUUUCUGAGUGAAAUAAUGCUAUGCACAUAAUCAUGAUAUACAUCUAUGUUUACGAAUGGUUUGAGCUGCUAUUCAGAAUUUAGACCCGUUGAAAUUAAGAUACACGUUAAUGUUGGAUUAUGCUCUUCAAAGUUCAUGAGGUGUUUAACCACUAACUGUUCAAGCAGAUUCAAAACUCUUCCAUCCUCACACGUCCUUCAGCUUAUGUCAAAAUAUAUAUUUCUCAAAUUGAGAUCUAGUUUUUUGGUCUGUUGUCAUUAAGACAUAAAGCAGCUGAUGUAUGUUUACUUUCUUGUUGUGAUGUAAUAUUAAGUGUUAGGUAAGUAGAAUAUAAGCGAAUGAUUACAUCAGAGUUUAAUAGCAGCACAAAGCUGGGCCAAACACACAAUCUGAUUCCAAACCUCUUCAAAAAGUACUGAAAAGCGUAAACGUCUCACCUCUGAGGGACUUUCUUGUUUUACCAGGGUAUUACUUAAUCCCCAGACGGGGGCAAAAAGCCACGUCAAACCCUGUGCAUAUGUACUCCGGCAGAUUAAUAAUCCCUUGUGAUAUUUGUAUAGGAUUUGGAAGGGGAUCAAUGUGUUGUAACCCUGUCAGAGGGCAUGGAGGGGGCCUCUGUUGUAUGCUUUGCUCAGGAUAAUCAUCUCAAAAGGUGAUUACAGUGCAGAAGGGACCCUUUCUUAGAGCCUUGUAGUAAGGGCUAAGCUAGGAUGAAAUGCAGUUACUCAUGUAUGGUCUUGAGAGGAAUAAAUAGGCAGCACUCCAGGAAACCUGUAGUAGUUGAUUUAGCUGAAGGUGCUGGUGCUUUCAAAGGCACUCGCCCAUGGUCGGAGUUUGCACGAGCAAAGUGUAAUUGCAGAACUAACAGUUUAGAGAACUGUGCCAACACAACUCAACAGCACUGUGUCGAUAAGUUUAAAGUAGCGGAUGUUAUUAUAGAUGUUAUAGAGUAACUCUUGAGAGUUUUACUCAGAUGUUUUGAAGGUUAAGGUUAUUUUUGAUCCUCAGGUACACUAAUCUGCUGCGUUGUUUUUGAAAUAGCAGGUUAACCAUGUUUGGUGGUUAGAACAGUCCUGUGUUAACAUGUGAACACUGUCAUGUUGAAUCCGAUGGCUUCCUGUUUUAGACUAUCACAAAGUACUAUCAUGCAAACAUGCACAGCUGGUAUUGAUGUCGACUGAACAGAGUGACAAAUCAGACAUAAGUUUAAAGAGGCCUUACAUGUUUAUUAAGGAAGUAUAUAAAGUUACAGAUUAAGUUUAGGAGCAUCUUGAUCAGGAUCUUCAUCCUUUGUUGUGAACUUCACUUACCUCUGGUCCAUUUGUAUGAUUUUUGCCAUACAGAUGCUGGGAUUAUCGUGAUUAUUUUUUGUAUUUCUGAUUUUUUUUCUAUUAGAGAUGAAUACUACUAUGUGCAACAUGAUUCUGCAUUGUAUACCUACGAGGAUAUUUGCACAUAAUUUUGUCUCACACAAAUGGAAAGGCAUCUUCAAGGGUACAGUGGGAAGAGCAGUCUUUGUCUAUAAUGUGAGAUACUGAUAUUCUGGCUAAUUGUUUGUUUUGUAAUCAGAUGAGUUUAAUUCACAGAGAGGAAAUAUGCAUCAGAGGGAAUAUAGAGGUUUAGAAGAAUAUAUCUCUGAUAGUUUACCUGAUAAAUUGUAGAAAAAAGGGUGCUUUUUAAAAAUCUAUAUUGUUAGUACCACGAGCCAUAGUAAGUGUGGAUACAGGAUGUUUGAUUUUGAAGUAUAGCUCUUCAUAUUUUUGUUGUAGAUGUUGGUGGCAGAAGGAAGGGGUUUGUGAAUGGGCACUUUUCUGGCCUCUGCCAGAGCUCCUGAGUUAAUUUGUGGCGUUAGAAAGGAGGUUUAGGUGUGUAUUUUUUUUAUUUGUAUCCCUUGAGUCACGGUGGGUCCACACUGGCAUUCCUUAGCGGCUCAGGCCCUCAGCACAAACCCAGUCGAUCCCCCGACGGUGUGGCUGAGUUUUAAUUAUUCCCCACCGGAGAUCUGGGCAACAUAAGCCAACAACAGUCCCGAGCCGCUCCAAUCAGGAAUUGGUAUUAAAGAGGCUUUGGUUGAGUGCUUUGCAUUCUCCCUGGUGUGUGUGGGUGUGUGAGUGUGUGUGUGGAGAGAGGUGGAAAGGGAGGCUAUGUUGUAUACUAAGGAAAAUAUUUACUCACUUUGUGUGCAAGAGUCUGGACCAGGCUGCUCAGCAGUAUGGGAGAGGCAGGUUUGAUUCUACCUCAUCUCAGCUCCCGAAGACGAGGGGAGACUGAACAGACAUCCGCGUCACAGUCACAUCAGUUUAGAGCUGGAAAUGUCCCCGCUGAUGCCUGUGACCGAUGUCUGCAAUGCACUAUUAGAACAUUUAGUCUAGACUAUAAUCAACCUCUAGUUCAAUCUUUUAUAGUAACAUUAGGCACAUAUUAAAUGUUGAGAAAACAGAGUUUGUUAAAUGUUUCUUUAUGUUGUCCCGUAUGUUGUAUUAGCAAUGCUACAGUUCAAAAUGUAAAAAUUGAUUUGAUUUUGUUUAUCCUAAUAAAUAAAAUACUGAUGAAGCUGUUUGAGGAAAAUA